AUAAGGUGCCCAACUGAACACCAGACUUGAGAAACUCGCUUUAAACAUCUUUCCAGAUCCCCGGGGAAUUUUUAUUCUCGUGCAGCCCGACAGGGGUUAAGGAAGCAAGGGGAAGUAUCACAAUCAUUCAAACCGCCGCCCGCAAGCUUAUUGGCCACUCUAUAAUGACCACUUUGAAACCUACAUCUAGAGUGUGGAGUCCACGUCACCUGGCGGCUGUCAACCUCAUCGUCUGCCUUCUGGCGAUGGUAAACCCACGUUUAUCGUACUGUGCUUGUGAAGUAACAUAUGAGAUGUGGGCACAGCAGUUUCCGAAGUACGAGCUACCAGGUCUGGGAUGUACGAGCCAUCAUCUCCUUACCGGAAUACUAGCGUUCAUGUCACGCCGUGUUCGACACCUGCCUUUUAUCGCGCGUGAUACUUGGGCUGUCGAUGACGCCCUAGCGCGUAAUCUGGCUUUCGUGCAAGUGUUGAAUCAUAACAGUAGAUUGGCAUCACACCAACAUUUAGCCCGUAGCCCGACGCAUGGUUGAGCAUUGUACGAGCCGUCACUUGCGACCUCAAAGAAACGAGGAGAAGUAAGAGGGUGGGAAAACCUCUCUAACCUGGUGGGUAUUGGCUCUCAUGCCUCUACCACAUUCCGAGGUUGGAUUCUUGCCCUGAAUUUGAUGUACUGGCUGGCAUUUCCAGAUUGCCAUCAACUCU